AUGGUUACUAGUAAAGAAGAAUGCCUCAGGGAUAAGCAAGUGGCUUCGAUCCUUCGAAUGCUAUUUUUAAAUGAUAUCUCCUUGGACACCCGUGAUGUCGAUGCUACUUUCAAUUCGACUAAUGAACUGAAUUGGAAGGUUUUGGUUAUGGAUGCUAAGUCUACAUCUGUUGUUUCAUCUGUAUUGAGAGUUAAAGAUUUGCUGAAAGCAGGGGUUACUGUACAUACAUUAAUUGAACAAGAAAGAGCCUCUUUACCAGAUGUUCCUGCUGUGUAUUUCAUCUCCCCUACCAAGGAAAAUUUGGACCGUGUCAUAAAUGAUUUGAAAAAUGAUUACUAUUUAGAAUAUUACAUUAAUUUCAAUUCUUCAUUACCAAGACAACUAUUGGAAUAUUUUGCCAAGAAUGUUGCCCAACUAAAUAAAUCAGAUAAGAUUAAACAAUUGUAUGAUCAAUAUCUGGAUUUUUUGGUUACUGAAAAGGAAUUAUUUUCUUUACAAUUACCUUUAACUUAUUCCAAAUUAAACAAUCCUCAAUCUAAUGAAGAUAUUAUUACUCAGUUAUGUGAAAAUAUAGCCACAGGUUUAUUCAAUAUUAUUAUUACGACUAAUAUCAUUCCUAUCAUUCGAGCCCCAGUCGGAGGUCCUGCAGAAAUGGUUGCAGGUAAGUUAGGGUCUAAAUUAAGAGAUUAUAUGAUUAAUAUGAGAUCAUCCAAUAAUAAUGCUUCAAAUGGCAAAUCUACUUCAACUGGCACACCAAAUCAAGGCGCAGACACGUUAGAAAAAUCAGUAUUGAUUUUAUUGGAUAGAAAUAUUGAUUUUACUUCCAUGUUUAAUCAUUCUUGGAUUUAUCAAUGUAUGGUAUUUGAUAUAUUUAAAUUACAAAAAAACAUUAUUACAAUCCCCAUAAAACAAGAUGAUUCUAAUAAGUCAGAUACAAAUAAUAAUUCAUUAGUAGGCAAUUCUUCAACAAGAUCUUAUGAUUUAGAGCCCACUGAUUUUUUUUGGAAUGAAAAUUCCCACUUACCUUUCCCAGAAGCUGCUGAAAAUGUGGAAAAUUCAUUGGCUGAUUAUAAGGAGAAAGUAAAUCAAAUAACUAAAAAGACGGGUGUUUCUAAUAUUAAUGAUAUAGCUACAAAUUUUGAUCAAAAAGAUGCAAUGGAAACUGCUCAAUUCCAGGAAGUGAUUAAAACUUUACCAGUCCUAACAAAUAGAAAAUCCAUAAUUGAUAUGCAUAUGAAUAUCUUUGCUGCUUUGUUAUCAGAAUUGGAAGAGAAAAAAUUGGAUACUUUUUUCGAAAUUGAACAACAAGAUCCAGAUAAUAACAAGACAAGAACCGAAUUCUUGGAUAUGCUAAAUGACAAUAAAACCAAUAAUUUUGAUGACAAAAUGAGAUCGUUUAUAGUAUUGUAUUUAUUGUCUAAAAAUGGACUUCCAAAGGAUUUUAUAAAUAAAGUGGAAACAUACUUUAAAGAUAAUCAAUAUGAUAUUACUCCAUUGAAAUAUAUUUAUAAAUUGCAUGAAAUGACCCAAUUAUCUUCUAUGUCUCUUCAAAAUAAAACUUUAACGACCAGUACUAAUUCAAAUUCAAAUAACACUAAUACACCAGGGACUUCAAUUCAAUCUUCAUCUCUAUCAGGGUUAUAUAAUUUAACAGAAGGUAGAGUAGGCUCUUUAUUAUCAGGUUUGAAAAAACUUUUACCUGAAAAGAAAACCAUUCCAAUUACAAAUGUCGUAGAAGCUAUAAUGGAUCCUUUGAAUAGUUCUCAAAAGAAUUUGGAAACCACCGAUAAUUAUCUAUACAUUGAUCCUCAUAAUACAAGAGGUUCUCAUACAAAGAAGCCAAAAAGACAAACAUACAAUAACUCCAUUGUAUUUGUCAUAGGAGGUGGUAAUUACUUUGAAUACCAAAAUCUUCAAGAAUGGGCACACGCUGAAAUUCAUAAUACAAAAACUGUCAUGUAUGGUUCUACUGAUAUCAUUUCUCCAAAUGAUUUCUUGCACGAAAUUGCUGCCUUAGGCUCCAAUUGA